UUAUUUCGGACACUCUUCUUCGUUCUGCCGCACUGCUCUAUAUCCGUCACCUUCUUCUUCUUCUUCGAUACUUUGAUUUUCUAGGGUUUCCAGAGCCUCUUCACACGGUUCUUUCGAGCUUUUAUAGGGUUUACGGAGUCUGUUGCUUCUUAGAACAAUUUCCAUGCGCUGCUGUUCAGCAGCUUCUUGAUCAGGGGUUUCCUUCUGACCUAGUGAUAGGGCUUCGAUUCGUCCGUCUCUACUAUGAAUUUUCAUUGCAUAUGGUAUCGUUAAAUUAGGCCAAGUUUGAUCGUAGGAAUUUUUUUUUGGUAUUUGUUGGUCGAGUUCGGAUUUGAAUGGCACUGGGAGAUUUGAAGGCGUCUCGAUUUUCGCAAUCGUCAAUUGCUGAUUCGAAUCAAUUGAGUGAGUGUUCGAGCCACAGAGACGGUUAUAUUGUUGGGCAGAGAAAGGAUACGGACUCUGAGACGGCGAGCUGUAGCUAUGGCGAUCCCACUACAACAACGUCCGCUACAAACAUGGCGUAUUUGCCGCAGACUGUCGUUUUGUGCGAGCUACGACACCAGCCAUUCGAGGCUUAUGUUCCCUCUGCUCCGUCUGAUACCCUGUUGGUCUCAAAAUGGCGGCCUACGGAUCGAAUGAAGACAGGGUGCGUUGCUCUUGUUUUAUGUUUAGACAUUGGCAUUGAUCCACCCAACGAUGUGAUUAAGAUAUCUCCUUGUGCUACAUUGGAGUGCUGGAUAGAUCCAUCGUCUUUGGCAUCUGAAAGAGCCCUAGAAGCAAUCGGUACAACCUUGAGUCUUCAGUAUGAGAGGUGGCAACCAAGGGCUCGCUACAAGAUACAGUUAAAUCCUACCAUGGAUGAAGUGAAAAAACUUUGUACCGCAUGUCGCAAAUAUGCCAAGUCAGAGAGAGUUCUGUUUCACUACAAUGGACAUGGCGUGCCAAAGCCAACUGCCAAUGGCGAAAUUUGGUUGUUUGAUAAGCAUUAUAAAUAUGCCCCUUUGCCAUUCAGCGAACUUGAUUUCUGGUUAAAAAGACCAUCAGUAUUUGUUUUUGAUUGCUCUGCUGCUGGAGUGAUUGUCAAGGCCUUCACAGAGCUCCAGGAUCAGAGUGCAUCUAGCUCCUCUGGACCAUCCACAAGGGAUUGCAUUCUGCUUGCAGCCUGCGAGGCACAUGAGACUCUUCCUCAGAGUGCUGAUUUUCCUGCUGAUGUGUUUACAUCCUGCCUUACGACACCCAUCCAGAUGGCAUUAAGAUGGUUCUGCACUCGUUCAUUACUUAGUGAAUAUCUUGAUUAUUCACUUAUUGACAGAAUUCCUGGCCUCCCAAAUGACCGUAAAACACCUCUAGGGGAACUAAACUGGAUUUUCAGUGCAGUAACUGAUACAAUUGCCUGGAAUAUUCUCCCACGUGAACUUUUCCAGAAAUUGUUCAGACAAGAUCUAUUAGUUGUCAGUCUUUUCCGCAAUUUUUUGCUUGCAGAAAGAAUUAUGCGUUCUGCAAACUGUUCCCCAGUCUCACAUCCAUUGUUACCGCCUACACAUCAGCAUCAUAUGUGGGAUGCUUGGGACAUGGCUGCUGAAGUCUGCCUCUGUCAGAUUCCAAUAUUGGUCGAGGAUCCUAAUGCCAAGUUCCAGCCAAGCCCUUUUUUCACGGAACAGUUGACGGCGUUUGAGUUGUGGCUUGAUCAUGGUUCUGAACAUAAGAAACCACCAGAGCAGUUGCCUAUUGUUCUUCAGGUUUUACUUAGUCCAUCCCAUCGAUUUCGUGCUCUGGUGCUACUUGGACGAUUUCUUGAUAUGGGCCCCUGGGCUGUAGAUCUGUCAUUGUCCGUAGGAAUAUUUCCAUACGUACUAAAGCUGUUGCAAACAACUAAUCCGGAACUGCAGAAAAUUCUUGUGUUUAUAUGGUCAAAGAUCCUUGCAUUUGAUAAGUCAUGCCAGGUUGAUCUGAUAAAGGAUGGUGGUCACAAAUAUUUCAUUAGGUUUCUUGAUAGCAUGGACGCAUAUCCUGAACAGCGCGCAAUGGCUGCAUUUGUUUUGGCCUUGAUUGUAGAUGGACACAGGCGAGGUCAAGAAGCCUGUAUUGAAGCUGGUUUAAUACAUGUGUGCUUGAAGCACCUUCAGGUUUCUACUCCCAACGAUAUACAAACUGAACAACUAUUUCUUCAGUGGCUUUGCCUUUGUCUUGGAAAGCUGUGGGAGGACUGUACAGAGUCAAAAAUAAUAGGUUUGCAGGCAGAUGCCCCAUCUAUAUAUGCCCCUUGCCUUUCUGAGCCCCAUCCCGAGGUUAGAGCCUCAGCUGUUUUUGCACUCGGCACACUCCUUGAUGUUGGGUCUGAUUCAUCUAGAAAUGAUCUUGGAGGCGAUGAAGAAUGUGAUCAUGAUGAAAAAGUUAAGGCUGAGAUUAGUAUCGUCAAGAGUCUUUUAGAUGUUGUUUGGGAUGGAAGCUCACUUGUCCGGGCAGAGGUUGCUGUAGCUCUAGCUCACUUUGCCCGUGGCCACAAGAAGCACCUAAAGUCAAUUGCUGCUGCAUAUUUGAAACCUCAAUCUAACUCGGUGCUUAGUUCCUUGCCUUUAUUGGCUGUCAAGGGUACAAGUAACAAUUAUACUACAAACCAGUACAUGCCGCAUGAGAGUAUUGUUCCUUCCCAAAUUAGUAGGCUUCUGAAAGUUGACGGCGAUAACCAAUUUGUGGUUCGUGAUGGGAAGGCCUUCAGUAGCAGCAUCCAUCUUGCAGCUUCUGGAGUAAUAAAUGGAUCUCCACCGUCUGAUGAUUCCCCUCAGCAUUCCAAUUCUGGCAUAUUGAACGACUGUGUGAGCAAUGGGGUUGUUAAUCACACAAGGCCAAGAUCACAAGACAAUUCGUUGUAUUCAGAAGUUGUACUGGCUAUGCAAACGCUAGCCAAGGAUCCAUCACCACGCAUCGCUAACCUUGGCCGUCAAGUACUAUCCAUUAUUGGGAUGGAACAAAUGGUGACAGCGCCUGUCAACUCCACUGGUAGCAGUGUUCAGUCUGCUGAACCCACAGUAACUCCAACCUCUAGUCUUACUGGACUAACCCGUUCAUCUUCAUGGUUUGAUAUGAGUGCAGGACAUUUUUCACUGGCAUUUAGAACUCCUCGGCCAAGUUGUUUAACAGGAAUGCGAAGAGUUUAUUCUCUAGAUUUUAGGCCAUACCUAUAUAAUUCUCCAGACUCGGGAUUAUCUAAUCCACUUUUAGCUUCUGCUGGAUCUUCUGGUCUCACAGAGGGCAGUUUUCUUCCACAGUCAACUAUCUACAAUUGGAGCUGUGAUCACUUUUCAAAGCCACUUCUUACUGCAGCAGAUGAUAGUGCAGAAAUAAUAGCUAAAAGAGAGGAGAGGGAAAACUUUGCACUUGACCACAUUGCAAAAUGCCAGUACUCUUCGGUUAAGAAGCUACAUAAUCAAAUUGCUAGGUGGGAUACAAAAUUUGAGACGGGUGCCGAAACAGUUUUGCUGCAACCUUUCUCUCCAGUUGUAGUUGCUGCAGAUAGGAAUGAAUGGAUCAGGAUAUGGAAUUAUGAGGAUGCUACCUUGCUCAACAGUUUUGACAAUCAUGAUUGUCCUAACAAAGGAAUAUCAAAGCUCUGCCUUGUGAAUGAGCUCGAACUCGAUGACAGUUUGCUUCUUGUUGCUUCAAAUGAUGGAAAUAUCCGAAUUUGGAAAGAUUAUGCUCUAAAGGAUGAACAGAAACUUGUAACUGCAUUCUCUUCAAUCCAAGGUCAUAGACCUGGUGUUCAAAGUGUAAAUGUUGUUGUGGAUUGGCAGCAGCAGUCUGGAUAUCUGUAUGCUUCUGGUGAAAUAUCUUCCGUUAUGGCUUGGGACCUGGAUAAAGAGCAGCUUGUCAAUUCUAUUCCUUCGUCGUCAGAUUGUUGUAUUUCAGCAUUGUCUGCUUCUCAAGUUCAUGGGGGUCAAUUUGCAGCUGGUUUUUUGGAUGGUUCCAUCAGACUGUUUGACCUUCGAAGUCCUGAAAUGCUUGUUUGUGCAACAUGGCCACACACCCGAAGAGUAGAAAGUGUUGUGGGAAUUGGCUUUCAAUCCGGACUUGAUUCAGCAAAGAUUGUUAGUGCGUCUCAGGCUGGUGACAUUAAAUUCCUUGAUAUUAGACACCAAAAAGAUGCGUACCUCACAAUUAAUGCUCAUAGGGGCUCACUUACUGCUUUAGCUGUUCAUCGGCAUGCACCAAUUAUUGCCAGUGGCUCAGCCAAACAGCUUAUCAAAGUCUUUAAUUUGGAGGGUAACCUAUUAAGCACCAUCGGUUACUACUCCACCUUCAAGGCCCAGAAGAUGAGACCUGUAAGCUGCCUCUCCUUCCAUCCAUAUAAAGUACUGCUCGCUGGUGGUGCUGCAGAUGCUUGCAUCUCUAUCUAUGGUGAUUAAUCUCUGUGGCAAGAUGACAAGAUAAAUGUAGAUUUAUUCAUAUCCUUCUCUGAAGGCCUUUUUGUUGGGAGGCAAUAUGAGCGCAUUAACUUGCAUCGGUGUGACAACAAUGUGGCAUUAUGGGUGCAGAUGGAGAUCAAGUUUGAGUCUUUCUGCGUCUCCAGUUCCUCCUUGCAAUUCAUGUUUCUGAAAAUACAGGUUAACCUACUCUGUCGAUAUCCGAUGCUAUCUAUUCAUUAGCCUCCAUUAGUCAGACAAGUAGGGAGAAAUCCAGCAUAUUCCUUGUGGAUGCUUUGGGAAAUAAUCUGAUAUAGAUAUAAAAAAAGGUGUAAAUAUUCUCUCCUUUUAUUUAGCCAUGAUAUAUAUAUAUUUUUUCCCAUCACUUUGUACCAUGUGUAAAUGUACAAAAUCUAUUGCGAUUAUAAAUUAAGUGUUGUUGA